AAUAACACAGCAGCACAGUAGCAUGCAGCUAUUCAGCGAUACUCUCAGCGUUCAUUGUUUACUGAUUUGAUUUAUUUGCAUUAUCUAUGGACUUUGUUCAUUGGAAUCGUUGGAAAUAAUCAACAUUCAAACAACCAUCGAAGACAAAGAGACAGCAUAAUCAAAACUGUGGUCUACUGACCUCGCUGCUGUAAUUUUUCAAAAGUGAAAGUAAGCCUCGUGAAAGUAAACCUUAAUUCCAGAAGCCAUUACAAAAGAGAGACAGUGGUGGUGAAAAAUGGCAACUAAACCUUCUCUACCAGAGGAGGAUCUCUGCUGUCCUGUGUGUUGUAAUAUUUUCAGGGAUCCAGUUUUCCUGCCGUGUACUCACAGCAUCUGCAAAGCCUGUCUUCAGGAAUUCUGGAAACAGAAGGGAUCUCGGGAAUGUCCAAUGUGCCGGGAAAGAUUGGCAAUGGAAAACCCCCCAUGUAACCUGGUUUUAAAGAACCUGUGUGAGGCCUUCUUACAGGAGCAAAGUCAGAGAGAUUCAACAAGGUCAGAGGUGCUCUGCAGUCGGCACAGUGAGAAACUCAAACUAUUCUGUCUGGAUGAUAAGCAGCCCAUCUGUGUGGUGUGUCGGGAUUCAAAAAUACAUAAAAAGCAUGACUGUAUCCCCACGGAUGAAGCUGCACUGGAUUAUAAGGAGGAAGUUAAGACUGCACUGAAACCCUUAAAGGAGACGCUGGAGGACUAUAAGGAAAUUAAACUGAUCUGUGAUCAAACAGCAGAGCACAUUAAGAGCCAGGCAGAGCACACAGAGAAGCAAAUUAAGAAGGAGUUUAAGAAGCUUCACCAGUUUCUACAAGAUGAAGAGGAGGCCAGGAUUGCUGCACUGGGGAAGGAAGAGAAGCAGAAGAGUCAGAUGAUGAAGACGAAGAUUGAAGAGAUGACCAGAGAGAUCUCUUCACUUUUAGACACAAUCAGAGACAUAGAGAAGGAGCUGGGAGGUGAAGACAUCUCAUUCCUGCAGAACUACAAUGCCACAGUGAAAAGAGCCCAGUACACACUGCCAAAUCCACAGAGGGUUUCAGGAUCACUGAUCCAUGUGGCAAAGCACCUGGGAAACCUGCAGUUCAGAGUCUGGGAGAAGAUGCAGGGGAUAGUUAAAUACACUAAUUUGAUUCKGGACCCCAACACUGCCCAUCCACAUCUCAUCCUGUCUGAGGAUCUGACUAGUAUGAUAUACUGUGAUGAGCCACAGCAGCUUCCUGACAACCUAGAGAGAUUUGAUGAAUGCUUUGUGGUCCUGGGCUCUGAGGGCGUUAGCUCAGGGACAAAUAGCUGGGACAUUGAUGUUGGAGGAAAUAAAGCCUGGGUCCUGGUUGUGGCCCCAGACUCUGUCCAGAGGGAGGGCGAGUUCGGCUUCAGACAUAGAACCUUGGGUGUGUGGUGUAUUGAUGAGAAAUAUUAUACACAUUCCUUAUCAGAGGCACUUACUCCAUCCACUCCAUUCAAAGUGAGUAAGCCCCAGAAAAUCAGAAUGCAGCUGGACUGGGAAAAAGGACAGCUCUCAUUUGUUGACCCAGUCAAUAACACGCAACUUCAUAAAUUCAUGCAUACUUUCAAAGAUAGAGUCUUUCCAUACAUCUCUAGCAAACACCCUCUUAGGAUUUCUUUGUCAGGGGAUUCCGCCUCUGUCCAAAUCAGGUACAAACAUGCUGUAAACUAGUCAGUAACACUCACUGAUUUCCUUCAGUGCAAGAUUCUCACAGAGGGAGAGCACAGACUGUGAUGGCGUGAACAGGACCUUCCUCCAUCAACAAUACUCCUGCUGUAACUCUCACCUGUCGAACAACAUGCUGUUUAGAACUAUGUCCAUUUGUAUAACAGCAUGUAAAUACAUGUUAUGUUGCAUUGCUUAUUACUGUUAUCAGUGGGGAUUUCCAUUUCCUGUGUGUUAUAGAGCAGGAUUCUUAAAGUGUUCUGUUCUGAGGCCCCGUUCCAAGGCCCCCAAAAUGUGUGCUCAAUAUUCAUUCUUGAUGCUGACAAUAUGAAAUUGAACAAUGUUUUAGGCCUAAUUCCUGUAAAACACUGUUUAACAGUUUGUUCGUGUGAGAUGUUUUGCCUUUUCUAUUGUUUUUUGUUGUUGUUAUUUUCAUUUUUCAUUUUAUAUUUGCUUUUUCAGGAACCCCUGGGAUGCAUCAAACAGACACAUGACAUUGUGACUGUGACACAUUGCUGAAGCCUUCUGUAAUGUAUUCUUAGUACUGUAAUACCUAUAGCAUACUGGCAUUAAUAUUUCCUUCAUUGUUUUUUCUUUGAGUAUUUCAGAAUAAUUCUUUAUUCUGUCCAUUCAAUUAGUUUAAUCCUGAUUUUUGUGUUCCAAUAACCAGUCCCACAGUAAUGUCCAAUUAUUUUCUUGGGCAAUGUCGACCCUUGGUGGUUAGAGUAGACUACUACGACUGAGAUUGAUCAUAAAAAAUGUUUUGAUAAGC